UAGAGAAAAGCGGUCUGUGGAACGUUCGACGUGGACGAGGACAAAGGCUUACAGGGUAGUUAUAGCUAGCUGGGGUGUAUGUAUUUGGAAAGUUGUAUUUUUAGUAGUUUUAGAGAGAUUUCACCAGGAUGCUACGGUGGAUUCGGCAACAGCUGGGCUUUGACCCACCCCAUCAGAGUGACACAAGAACGGUUUAUAUCGCAAACAGGUUCCCCCAGCAUGGUCAUUAUGUCCCGCAGAGGUUUGCAGACAACAGAAUCAUAUCAUCCAAGUACACCAUCUGGAACUUUGUCCCGAAGAAUUUGUUCGAGCAGUUCCGAAGAAUAGCUAAUUUUUAUUUCCUCAUCAUCUUCCUCGUCCAGCUAAUGAUAGACACCCCUACCUCCCCCGUGACCAGCGGACUUCCUUUGUUCUUCGUCAUCGCCGUAACAGCCAUAAAGCAGGGAUAUGAGGACUGGCUGCGGCACAAAGCGGACAACGAGAUGAACGGAGCCCCGGUGCUGGUGGUGCGGAGCGGCAGCCUGGUGCAGACCCGCUCGAAGAACAUCCGCGUCGGGGACAUCGUCAGAGUGGCCAAAGAUGAGACGUUCCCUGCAGAUUUAGUUCUUUUGUCAUCUGACAGAGCGGAGGGGACCUGUCACAUAACCACUGCCAGCCUGGAUGGAGAGACUAAUCUCAAGACGCACUACUCUGUCCCAGAGACAGCCGUGUGCCAGAGCGUGUCCCAGCUGGAGGCCCUGUGUGCUGUGGUGGAGUGUCAGCAGCCAGAUGCUGACCUAUACAGGUUUGUUGGACGGAUAACAGUGACACAGUGCGGGGAAGAGAUUGUAAGACCUCUAGGGCCGGAAAACCUACUUCUCCGUGGAGCAAGACUGAAAAACACCAAGGAAAUCUAUGGUGUGGCAGUCUAUACGGGAAUGGAGUCCAAGAUGGCGCUGAACUAUAAGUGCAAGUCUCAGAAGCGCUCUGCAGUUGAGAAGUCAAUGAACACAUUUCUGAUCAUCUACCUGGGCAUUCUGCUGUUGGAGGCUGUCCUCAGCACCAUCCUGAAGUACGCUUGGCAGGCGGAGAGCAAGUGGGACGAGCCCUUCUAUAACCAGAAAACGGAGCAGGAGAGGAACAGCAGCCAGAUACUGAGGUUUAUCUCGGAUUUCCUGGCUUUCCUAGUCCUGUACAACUUCAUCAUCCCCAUUUCGCUCUACGUAACUGUGGAGAUGCAGAAGUUCCUGGGCUCGUUCUUCAUUGGCUGGGACUUGGAUCUCUACCACGCAGAGAGCGAUCAGAAGGCCCAGGUCAACACCUCGGAUCUCAACGAGGAGCUUGGGCAGGUGGAGUACGUGUUCACCGACAAGACAGGCACUUUGACGGAAAACGAGAUGCAGUUCCGUGAAUGUUCCAUCAACGGCGUCAAGUACCAGGAGAUCAACGGCAAGCUGGUCCCGGAAGGAAUGGCGGUCGACUCUCCGGACGGGUCUUCACCACUGCUGAGCAGUGAGGACGAGCUCUUCCUCAAGGCUGUGUCCCUUUGUCACACAGUGCAGAUCAGUUAUGAUCACGUGGAUGGCCUGAAGGACGGUUUCCCGCACGCAAACGGUGUCUCACCCAAUAUGGAGUACUAUGCCUCUUCUCCAGAUGAGAAAGCCUUAGUGGAAGCUACUAAAAGAUUGGGUGUGACCUUCGCAGGGAGCAAUGGCGAAAUCAUGGAGAUCAAGACAUUUGGAAGAUCAGAGAAGUAUAAACAACUUCAUGUUUUAGAGUUUGACCCAAAGAGAAGAAGAAUGAGUGUUAUAUUACAGACCCCGUCAGGGGAAAAGAUGUUGUUCACCAAAGGAGCAGAGUCAUCCAUUCUUCCUUACACCAAGAGUGGAGAAAUCGCUAAAACAAGAGUUCAUGUGGAUGAGUUUGCACUGAAAGGUCUCCGCACGCUGGUGGUGGCCUGCCGGCGCUUCAGCCCUCAGGAGUACGAGGACGUGGACAGGAGGCUCCACCAGGCCCGGACAGCCCUGCAGCAGAGAGAGGAGAGGCUGGCCGAGGUCUUCAGCUUCGUCGAGAGGGACCUGGAGCUGCUCGGGGCCACCGGCGUGGAGGACAGGCUGCAGGAGAAAGUGCAGGAGACCAUCGAGGCGCUGCGCCUGGCGGGCAUCAAGGUGUGGGUGCUGACCGGGGACAAGCAGGAGACGGCGGUCAGCGUCAGCCUGUCCUGCGGCCACUUCCACCGGACCAUGAACAUCCUGGAGCUGGUGCAGCAGAAGACGGACAACGAGUGCGCCGAGCAGCUGAGGAAGCUGGCCAGGAGGACCCGAGAGGACCACGUGAUCCAGCAUGGCCUGGUGGUGGAUGGGGCCAGCCUGUCUCUAGCCCUCAGACAGCAUGAGAAGCUCUUCAUGGAGGUGUGCCGGAGCUGCUCAGCCGUGCUGUGCUGCCGCAUGGCCCCUCUACAGAAGGCCAAGGUGGUGCGACUGAUAAAGACAUCCCCCGAGAAGCCUAUUACGUUAGCAAUUGGGGACGGAUCCAAUGAUGUCAGCAUGAUCCAGGAAGCCAAUGUUGGUAUAGGCAUCAUGGGUAAAGAGGGGAGGCAGGCUGUGAGGAACAGUGACUAUGCAAUCGCAAGGUUUAAAUUCCUCACCAGAUUACUGCUGGUCCACGGACACUUCUACUACGUCAGAAUAUCCACGCUCGUGCAGUACUUUUUCUACAAGAAUGUGUGUUUCAUCACUCCCCAGUUUCUGUACCAGUUCUUCUGUCUGUUUUCACAACAAACGCUGUAUGACAGCGUGUAUCUGACGCUGUACAAUAUCUGCUUCACCUCGCUGCCUGUGCUGGUGUACAGCCUGUUUGAGCAGCUGGUUCAUCCCCACGUGCUGCAGAGCAAACCCAUCCUGUACAGAGACAUCAGCAAAAACGCAUACCUUUCAUUCAAAACCUUCCUGUACUGGACUCUGCUGGGGUUCUGCCAUGCCUUUGUCUUUUUCUUUGGCCCUUUUAUCCUGAUGGUUGAAGACUCCUCGAUAUUGGGCAAUGGACAGAUUUUGAAAGCUAGCAGACAGCUGAUAAUGGGAAACUGGACAUUUGGCACUUUGGUUUUCACUAUAAUGGUCAUUACAGUUACCCUAAAGCUAGCGCUGGAGACACACUUCUGGACCUGGAUGAAUCAUUUUGUCACGUGGGGCUCCAUCGCCUUCUACUUCCUCUUCUCCUUUUUCUAUGGAGGAAUCAUCUGGCCCUUCCUCCACACACAGGACAUGUACUUCGUCUUUGUGCAGCUGCUGUCCAGUGGCUCAGCCUGGCUCUCCAUCAUCGUCAUUGUCAUCAGCUGCCUCUUCCCUGACAUCAUCAAGAAGGUCCUUUACAGGCAGCUAAAGCCCACAAACACUCAGAAAUGCCAGCUCACACAGGCCUACCAGGACUCUGACUCCCCCUGCUGCCUCCCAGGGGUGCGGAGCGGGUGCCUGCGGCUGGGCCGGAUGGUGGAGCGGGCCGCGGACGUUUACGACCCCGCCUGGGUCGGGGGGUGCGGCUGCCUCUGCUGCCAGCACCCCUCCUACAAGACGGAGACGGACGACCUCUGACGCCGGCCUUCCGGAGGAGGACAGACACAGGCCCCCUCUCGGCACGAGGCACUCUGACGGAAGAGCAGAGGGGCCUUUGCAGACUGCUCUGGAAAUCUGUGUUCCGUAUAUGAUGCGUAUUGUAAGGUUCCUGACAUCCGCGUGGUUCAUAUUUUAAUGGGCCGCGCAUACAGGGCAUAUGUGCAGGCUGAUGAACAGGUGAUCAGACCACCCGCCAGCUCUCAUUAGGACCACAUAAUUGUCGUGUUUCUUUCUUCACUUCUUUGCAUCCCUCAGAUGGUUGAGGCUAGUUUCAACGCCUCUGCUUAUUGUUGCCAGUUCACUUUGAUCUUCUUGCUGUUUUGGGCUUUUUUCAUCUCAAUUUCUUCAAAAGGCUUCAUAACUGUCAAAACUAAAAAGUCAUAGCUCUGCACCGCACCAUUUCCUUUUAGCGUUAUAUGGGAGGGAACUACCUUUGUUUUGCCUUGUACCUUUUUCUGCAGAUCUGAACCAUGUUUUGCACUGUUACAAGGCCCCCAAGGGUUUAGUAGAUCGGACCAAUCUUUCAUAGGCCAUUCUUCCAAGGGCCAGUUACUAAUUGUGUGCUUGAUACAUCCAUCAUAAGGCUGGAGUUCAUUUUCAAACAGUUGAAUUUUUGUGGAAACCUUGAAAGUAAUUUGAGCUCCUAUUCAGUGUAUGUUAAAUGAUAGCUGAAUACCCCGUUUGCCCUUUAACAGCAGAGUUCUUCUAUUUCACAAGUUUAACAAGUCCAUUGUUUCAGUGGAUACAGGAAUAGCACCAUGGCUGUGGGAUGCUUUCUGAAGCCCCUGUCUUUUACUCUUAGAUCUCAAACCAGUGGGUUAUCUUGGAUGGGAUACUCCGGAAUUCUGACGAUCAUCAACUUUCCAUGAGACAAGCAGACAAACUUUCUCAGGUCUUAACGCUGAAACACUGCCAUUAAAUGGGUGAAAUCCCAUGCAGACUACACUGUAGACUGGAAAAGCUCUGGCUUGUCCCAUGAGCAUUAGCUGUAUUCCUUUAGAGACCACACCAAGGUAACCUAGGAGAAAAAGCUAAACCAAGGAGUGUUGCAUCUGCAGAUGUUUGUAUUUUAAACUUGAAGAAUUUUUUAAAAGGAGGGAAAGUUUGCUAAUCACAUGGCAGGUGCCUUGCUCCUGACCUAUUUUUUCAGGUCAUUUUAUAUGGCCAAAUAACGUGACAAACUAACAGUUAACCAUUUCAACCGUCUGUCUGUGGACAUAUCAAUGCCACUAACUUCUAGUCAGAAAAACGUCUUUUGUGAGAUUAAUAUGAAAUACACACUUGAAUGUUAAACUGAUGGCUAUCUGACAGCCUAAAAUCCACCAUUUUUCCACAAGUUUUUAGUCAUUUAUCCAUUGCAGCAAAAAACAUUCACACCACAAACAGAUUCAGAAUGUAAUUGUGUAAAUAAUAAAUGUAAUUUGCCAAGGUGAAGUUUUGAAAUGUGCAUAUGCCCCCUGGUGGUCUGAACUGAUAUUAGAUAAUUUCCUCAGUGCCUUUCCACACUAUUACGUAAUUGUGUCUUAUUUGUAAGGGAUAUAGUAGUAGUAUUUCAAGCUCUGCAUGAAGUACUACAGAUUUUUUAACUGUAGAUAGAUGCUGAGUGUAACAGUGAAAUUUAUUGAAGCCAUAUAUUUUCUUUUGUAUUUUUAUAUUAGAUGUACAGUUUAUAUUUAUUCAACAGCUUGGACCAACUGCAUUUAAUGCUGAUUAUAUUGAAAAAAGAAAAAAGAUGUAUGAAUAUAAACACAUAUGUAACAGCAUGCAAGCUGAAGAGGAACAUGUUAGAUGCAUGUGUUCAUAUCACAUAUCAACCAUGACUGAAUGACUGAUAACCAUCUAGUACUAACAGAGCAAUACAUAGCAUUCCCUCCUGUGUCUCCUUUGAUUUGGCUGUCUGUCUCUGUGUUGGUGGACUCCGCUGCUGUGGGGGCUGUAGUGUCUGCA